AUGUCCCCCACCAAGCCUUUUAUCCUCUUUUUCAACCCUGUUGCACAUACUGAAGUCGUCACUAGCAAGACCAGGGAUGAGUUCUUCAAGGACCUCGAGGGAAAAUAUAGGGAUAUUUCCGUCAUUUACAGAACCUCUGCUAGCGGUUCUGUAGCCGGAAAGUUCGACGAGGAAUUCAUCCAGCGCCUGCCUGCGAGCUGCAAGCACAUCUGCCACAACGGCGCCGGGUACGAUCAGAUUGAUCCGGCUGCUUGUACGAAGCGCGGUAUUGUCCUUACAUACGCGCCUGAUCCUGUCACUGAGGCCACGGCUGACUUGGCGAUCUGGCUCCUACUGGGUGCUCUCCGGCAACUCAACCCGUCUCUGUCAUCGCUCAGGGCUGGCAACUUCAAGAAGGGCAUUGACUUUGGCCACGAUCCGCAGGGGAAGAUCCUGGGUAUUUUGGGGAUGGGCCGGAUUGGCCGAGCUAUCAAGAAGCGCAGUGAACCGUUUGGUUUAGUCACGCGGUAUCACAAUCGGCGUCCUUUGUGUGAGGAGGAAGCUGACGGUGCUGAGUACGUAUCGUUCGAAACACUUCUGUCCGAGAGCGAUAUCAUCAGCAUCAACGUGCCCCUCAACGCCAACACAAAGCAUCUGAUUGGGGCAAAAGAGAUUUCACAGAUGAAAGAUGGAGUGGUCAUUGUCAACACCGCCCGGGGUGCCAUUAUCGAUGAAGCAGCGAUGGCUGGUGGCCUUGAGAGCGGAAAGAUUGGUGCUGUCGGCAUCGAUGUUUACGAGCACGAGCCUGAGAUUAAUGAGAAACUACUCAAACAGAGUAGAGCUCUUUUGGUACCGCACUUAGGAACACAUACAACCGAAACACUGGCAAAGAUGGAAACAUGGGCCAUGGAGAACGCUAGAAGGGCAGUUCUGGGCAUCGAGCUGCUAUCCCCUGUACCCGAGCAUGUUAAUAUGUAG